AGUUAAUCAUGGAUUAGCUAUCCAUUACCCAAACGAGCCUUAAUUGAAUUGAAUUUGACCUUCAUUUUGUUAAGGUUACUUUAGUGGGCCCCUUAAGAGAUCCAACGGGUAAGCCCAACAGGAUACUACAAAAGAUCAAAGCCAGCUUUCACCGUCCCUGUUGAGUUGCGAGUGACAGACGACGAAACGGGAGUGACGGCAAUGGCGGAUGUUCAAAGAAGAGGAAGGCCAUUACCACCUCCUCCACCAAGGGGUGGCCCACUUGGUCCACCUCUCGCAAGGAUUCCUCCACGCCCUGUACCUGUCGAUCGCGAGAAGACUUGUCCUCUGUUGCUUCGUGUUUUCACUAAGGUUGGAGGCCAUCACAAUAAGAAUGAAUUUGCCGUGAGAGGCAAGGAACCCAAAGAUGAGGUCCAAAUCUAUACAUGGAUGGAUGCUACUUUGCGCGAACUAACUGAUCUGGUUAAAGAAGUUGCUCCAGAAGCAAGACGGAGAGAUGCAACUUUGUCCUUUGCUUUUGUCUAUCCUGAUAAAAGGGGGCGAUUUAUCGUUAGUGAGGUGGGGAGAACGUUUUCUUAUCCCAAUAUAAGGCGACCAGAUGAUGGCAGCAAACCACUGAGUGAACUUAAAUUUCAGAUAGGAGAUUACUUGGAUGUGGCUAUCAUGUUCCAAUAAGCUUUUAUGACCUGUAUUGGAAUUAGAAUUAUGCAGACUUGUACUAGUUUGUGUUUCUUCCUGCGUCUAGAUAUCUGUAUUUUUCUGUUAAGUUGACCUAAUGUUUAUUUUUUCUGAAAUUCCCUCUAGAGCUGUCUGGCUAGUUAUGUUAUGUUACGUUCGGUAUGUGAUGGAUUUAACUAGUCUUCUCAGAGCUAACUCAAUUGUUAUGAAUUAUCGCCACUUUUAUGUUUUC